GGGGGCGGAGCCGCGCAGAGUUUCAAAUCGGCUGCGGUGGGCAAGGAGCAGCUGUGCUGCGGCUGUGCUCGGCCUUAGUGGUGUCGGGGUCUAGUGGACAGAGAAGACUCUUGGCCAGGCAGAUGGCUUCUCGGUGGCAGAGCAUGGGGACCUCCGUGCACCGGAGAUCUCUCCAGCACCAGGAGCAGCUGAAGGACAGCAAGGAGCUGCAGCCUGUGGUCAGCCAUCAGGAGACCUCUGUAGGGGCCCUGGGGUCCCUGUGCAGACAGUUCCAAAGGAGGCUGCCCCUGAGAGCCGUCAACCUCAACCUCCGCGCAGGGCCCUCCUGGAAACGCCUGGAAACCCCAGAGCCAGGUCAGCAGGGCCUCCAGGCUGCAGCUCGCUCAGCUAAGAGUGCUUUGGGUGCCGUAUCCCAGAGAAUCCAGGAGUCCUGCCAAAGUGGCACCAAGUGGCUGGUGGAGACCCAGGUGAAGGCCAGGAGGCGGAAGAGAGGAGCACAGAAGGGCAGUGGAUCCCCAACUCACAGCCUGAGCCAGAAGAGCACCCGGCUGUCUGGAGCCACCCCUGCCCACUCAGCCGCAGACCCCUGGGAGAAGGAGCAUCACCGCCUCUCUGCCCGGAUGGGCUCACGUGCCCACCCAUUACGGCGAUCAAGGCGGGAGGCUGCCUUCCGGAGCCCCUACUCCUCAACAGAGCCCCUCUGCUCUCCCAGCGAGUCCGACAGUGACCUAGAGCCUGUGGGGGCGGGAAUUCAGCAUCUCCAGAAGCUGUCCCAAGAGCUAGAUGAAGCCAUUAUGGCGGAAGAGAGUGGUGACGUCGUCUCUCUCAUUCAUGACUGAGGAAGUGCCUGCAGGAAACAAGCCCUGUCUGACCGCCAAAGCUUCAUACUCAAGGGUGUCUAUGCUUCCCCGUGAGCUUCCUGGAAAAAACCCCCAGGAGUCGUCGGUACCCCUGGGCCACUGCUAACAAGCACCUAACAAGGGGCCCAGAGCCCCCUGCUCCGGCCACAUCUGGACCCAUCAGUGACUGCCUGCCAUAGCCUGAGAGUGUCUUGGGGAGACCUUGCAGAGGGGGAGAAUUGUUCCUUCUGCUUUCCUAGGGGGCUCUUGAGCUUAGAAACUCAUUGCACACUUGACCUUGAGCCUUCUAUUUGCCUCAUCUAUAACAUGAAGUGCUAGCAUCAGAUAUUUGAGAGCUCUUAGCUGUGUACCCAGGUGCCUGGUUUUGGGGGAGUCAUCCGCAGAGUCACUCACCCACUGUGUUUCCGGUGCCAAGGCUCUUGAGGGCCCCACUCUCAUCCCUCCUUUCCCUACCAGGGACUCGGAGGAAGGCAUAGGAGAUAUUUCCAGGCUUACGACCCUGGGCUCACGGGUACCUAUUUAUAUGCUCAGUGCAGAGCACUGUGGAUGUGCCAGGAGGGGUAGCCCUGUUCAAGAGCAAUUUCUGCCCUUUGUAAAUUAUUUAAGAAACCUGCUUUGUCAUUUUAUUAGAAAGAAACCAGCGUGUGACUUUCCUAGAUAACACUGCUUUCUCAUAAUAAAGACUAUUUGCAUUUGA